AUGGCUCCUGGUAGAAGAAGGACCGUAGCUAGACGUGCAAAUGUUGUUCAAGAGAAUCAUAGUCUUGUACCGACACCUGAAAUUGCUACAAUCACUGAGAAUAUAGUGGCGAAGAACGUGAGAGGGAAGACUAGAGGAGUUGGAUGUGAAAGACUCCUACAAACAGCGCAGUCAAAGUUGCAUGUAGACUUUCAGAAAGAAGAUGGAGUACCUACUGGAGUAAAUGCAUCAAAGUUGAGUACUGAGGUAGGAAUAGUUGCAAGGAACUAUGCCCCCGUAAGAGUGCUUACUUGGAAGAAAGUUCCGUACGAUGUCGAAAAACAAAUGAUUGCUCGGAUCACGACCAAGUUUGACAUUGAUGUCACGGAGCCCCAUGUACUGAAAUGGCUGAAGCACAAAUUGUGUAAGAGAUUCAACAGCUUCCGGAGUGCCCUACACAAGAAAUUCAAAGCAUAUGCUACUAAGGAGGAAGCAUUACAGAAUAGACCAGAAGAAAUUAAAGAUCCUGAUGAUUGGAUAUAUCUUUGUGACCUUUUUUCUAGUGAAAAGUUUCAGGCACGGUCAAAAACUUAUUCUGAGAACCGGUCGAAGAUGAGGUGUAAUCACCGCGGUGGUUCCAAGAACUUUAUCCAGCACAAAAAGGAAAAGGUAUUUAAUAUGAUUCACCUAUACAAAUAUACAACUUUGUUUUCCUGUUUACUAAUUUUAUUUCAAUUUAUGAGGAGACGUAGUAAUAGAAAGAAGGGUAAGUGUGUGAUGAAUGAGGAAGAAUCCUCUAACCCGCCGGAACAAACUCCCCCUACCUUUGAUGAGACAAGGAUUCGAACUAUUAUACAGCAGGUGUUAGCGGAGAGUCAGGGGAGAGCUGUACUAAAGAGAACUGAGACCCCUAGUAGAGUACCGCCCGCAAGGCAAGAGCGAGAAGGGCCAGCACCUCAGACAGUAUAG